AUGCAGACCCCCCUCGUCCGUAAUCCUCGUCAACUGACCCAGACCUGGUGGAGGUCACCUCAUCGCGGGCACAUCACCGUUACCCUCUCCACGUCCCCCACAAUGCCUCUUUCACUGAGGAUCGAAAGGGACAAACGCCAGCGUUUCCUUCUCAGGUACGCCAGCUUUUUUGUUUGGUCCGCUCCGAAAACAAAGUUUAUCACGACUCUCGCCAGCGCCGUUGCAUUCGGCUCCUGCUUCCUAGCUUCUUAG